AUGUUAGAAGAAAUAUCAGACCAACUUGAAAAAACUUUUAUGAAUGAGGAAAUCAGCGUUAAAAAUGGUGUUGGGAAGAAAUUAGACGCUGAUGAUCGGAUUAUAUUGAAUGUUGGCGGCGUUAAGGUAAGGUUUUAUGUCCAAAAAUAUGAAAAUGAAAUGCUUCAUCCGAUAAAUGGCAACGAAUUUUUCUUUGAUAGAGAUGGCUAUUUAUUUCGUCAUAUUCUUCAAUAUUAUCGCACCGGAAUGAUUCAUUGGCCAGAAACAAUUGCUUAUCAUGAUGAUUCCACAAAUCACACAAGUUUCGAAUCAAAAAAGUCAAAAAAAUCAUCUGAGGGAUCGGAAAUAAGAGAUGUUAAUACUAUUCCAUCAUACAUAUUUCCAUUUUCUCGAUCAGAACUUGAACAAGAGAUGCAAUAUUUUCUCAUUCCAGCCCCACCGAUAUUUAAUUUAAUAACUCCCAACUUAAAUGUUGUUAAAAAUGAAACUGCACCAUUUCGGGAAAAUAUUAGAAAAUUAUUGUUACCCUAUGCUGGA